AUGCUACCGGAGCGUCCCAAAGAGACGCUGCAGUUCCCCAUCACAUCUGCCCCGAGCCAGCCACACCAGAUGGAGACCCGCAAGGCCGGGCUGCGGGCGGGGACAUCUCCCACAGCGGGACAAGGGACUGCUCCGGGCCGGUUCCCGAUCUGCGGCGGCUCUCGCUGGAGCCUCCAUCCCGAGACCGUUCCCAGCAGCCCCCCAAGGCAGCCCCGGCCAGGACCCACUCCCGCGAAACCAGGAAGUUAUGGAGCAGGCGGCCAAAGCCGCGACCUCCGCCAGAAAAUCCCAGGAUGUGCAGCUGCCCGCCGUGCCCCCCGGCUGCAACACACACGGCACAUGCCGCCUGAGGAGCCAGAAACCGACGCGCUAACAAAACCCCGAACGGACCUGAACCAACCCAACCCCUCAACGCUGCUGCCUGAAGUUUUUCAGGAGAGCCAAGGCCGGUGUCUCGGGAUGCGCCGGGACACAGGAGCUUCAGAAUGGGGCAGUGCGCAGGGCCCCGGACAGCCGGUAAAGCGGACGCCCGCCGGGGGCGGGGGCACCGGCGAGCACCUGCCAGCCCCACUGGAGGGAUUCUGGGAGCAAGCCCGCGGGACGCCGCAAAGCCAGAGGGGCGGGCAGUCAGUGCAGUCCCGGCCCGCCGCAGAGAGCCCUGCCACGGGCAGCGCUGACCGGACCCCCCCACCCCGGGAGGACCCUCCGUGGGUAAACCCCACCCCCCCUUCCCUUCCUCCACUCCCCUCCCGCCCCUCGGAGCCUCUCCCGCCACACCGGCCCCGUUCCCGCACCCCCGCGGAGUCCCAGCAAGCUGGGCUCACCUGCGGGGCCUGGAGCCGGGGCCGCCCCGGCCUCACUCGCUCCGCGCCCGCUGGUCCCUCGUAA